AUGCCACCACCACAAUAUGAACAUGCCUGUUUUUGGUUCCUGUCAACAUUAGGCUGCAAGCGCCAUUGCUAUAGGUUUUCCAGUGUUUACAACAUAUUCAAGAUCAACCUCCCGUGUGCAUUGACCCUAUGUUGUACCCUCAUUAGUGCGCAAUGUAAUCCAACUGAAAAUACAGCAUGUGUUGUUCAAGGAGGGUUUGAUUUAAAAACGAUCAUAAACAUGUUACAUGCUUUAGAAGAAUGUAACACUGAGAAAGAAAAACAAAUGAUAAAAAGAUCCUGCAGUGAGGUUCCCACCUCCGGCAUAUACACCAUUCAACCAGAAAAACCCUUCUACGAACCAAUAACCGUGCUAUGCGAUCAAGAUCACGAAACAGGAGGAUGGAUUGUAAUACAACAUCGGUUCAACGGAACGAUGAACUUCUACCGCAACUGGAAACAGUACAAGCAUGGGUUUGGUAACCUGGACGGUGAGUUUUGGUUGGGUCUGGAUCGUAUUUAUCAGCUGACAGUUUCACGACCGCAUGAGUUGGUGGUGCUGUUAGAAGAUUUUGAGGGCAAUAAGAGGUACGCCAAAUACGACCAGUUCGAGAUUGGAGAUGAGACCGAAAUGUAUAUACUCAAGGAGCUGGGUAACUAUUCGGGAACGGCUGGUGAUUCUUUGCGAUUCAGUAAUGCCGCGAAAUUUUCAACAUUCGACGUGGAUAAUGAUACAGGGGAUAAUUCAUGUGCAGUCCAAUUUACUGGGGCCUGGUGGUACAAUUCUUGUCAUUACAUCAAUCUUAACGGAAAAUAUCUUCGUGGAAACACAACAAAAUAUGCGGCUGGGAUGGUUUGGGUCACAUUCCGAGGAUAUAAUUACGCACUUAAAUCUUCCAAAAUGAUGAUUAGACGCAACCGUUCCAUUUGCUUUUGGGCCCAUUUCAAACUGCAGCACAUUGUAACGAUUGCCGUGCCGGUGUCGGAGGCUGCAACCAUUUGGUACCCAAAAGCCGACUCAAUCUUCUAG